GUUGGAGAACACAUAGACAAACUGUCACGCCGUGGAAAAGGCCUAAACAGACUGCAUGUUCUACUUCCUCUCAGCCCAUCGAUAGUUUCUCUGACUAGUCACAGCAGAGUUUGAAAGACCAGAAGAGGAAACAGACGUUGUUCCUCUCCUCACAAAGAUGGCUGCUUGUAUCUCAUCCUCCCGCUGCUUCUUUACAUACGGUGCUCUUCUGCUGAUCGGGGUCUCCAUCCAAGAUGUGGAGGCUUCCAGCUGUCAAACUGUCUUCCAUAAGAAGGUUGGAGACACUGUACAGUUGUCGUCAUGCUUACCACCUGAAGGGGGUCAUGGAGAGUCACUUAUUGCAGACACAGCGGGUGGAUUUGUAAAUCCUGAUUUCAAAGACAGAUCAUCUUUAAACCCCACAGACUUCAGUUUAACACUGAGAGGACUGACUCUCCAAGAUUCUGGUGAUUUCUAUUUCCUCUCAGCAGUGAAUAACAAACAAAGGGAAAUAGUAAACAUCACCCUGCAAGUUCAUGAGCCCAUAACUGAAGAGCCCGUCGUCUUUUCCAACUCCACCUGGCACACCUGCAACGAAUCCUGUACAGUUUUGCUGGCGUGCACUGCAGCCGCUGACAGCAGUGUCAGCUACAAGUGGACCGGGAGGAACCGAACCAGAAGUGGCUCCAGGCAGCGUUACAUCAUCACACCUCAGGAUGGAGACACCAAGUUCACCUGCACAAUUUCUAAUGUUGUCAGUGAGAAGUCUGCGUUGGUAACAGUGAAGUGCGACAACUUUACGUCCAACACACCAGAAACAGUGCCCAGCUUCUCAUCUCCUCUUCUGUGCGUUUUGGGGUUGAUUACUGGAACUUUACUGAUAACUCCUCUGCUGCUCUUGCUGCUUUUCUAUACAAAGUCAAAGGGUCCAUGUUGUAACAGGGUCGCUCAGUCUCAAACAGUCAACCAAGAUGAAACUCAACAGCCUGUGUACUCCUCUCUUCUCCAUGGUGAUGGUUGUGUCUAUGAAACAAUGAGAGGCUCUGAAGAUGCUGGAACAGGUCCAUAAAGAGAAGUGCAUCAUCAACAAAACAAGAGAAGCACCGAUAAAAACACGAC